AUGGAUGCCGCCGUGACAGACGACUUCCAACAGAUCCUCCCGAUUGAGCAGCUGCGCUCUACUCACGCUAGCAAUGAUUAUGUGGAGCGGCCCCCGGCCCCCCGUAAGCAGGCCCUCUCCAGCCCCUCCCUUGCAGUGCACACUCACAAGUCCGACUGGUCCCUGGCCGCCAUGCCUCCUGCUCUUCCCCGCAGUCUCAGCCAGUGCCACCAACUGCAACCCUUGCCUCAGCAUCUGAGCCAAUCCAGCAUUGCCAGCUCCAUGUCCCAGAGCACCACUGCCUCCGACCAAAGGCUCUUGGCCAGCAUCACGCCCUCACCUUCGGGCCAGUCCAUCAUCCGAACCCAGCCCGGAGCAGGGGCCCACCCAAAGGUCGACAGUGCUCUGAAGGGAGAAGCUGAGCACUCCACAGGCCACUCCGGGGAGCACCUCUUCAUUUGUGAGGAGUGUGGGCGCUGCAAAUGUGUCCUCUGCACAGCGGCUCGUCCUCUCCCCUCCUGUUGGCUGUGCAACCAGCGUUGCCUUUGCUCUGCUGAGAGCCUCCUCGACUACGGCACUUGUCUCUGCUGCGUUAAGGGCCUCUUCUACCACUGCUCCACCGAUGACGAAGACAACUGCGCCGACGAGCCCUGCUCCUGCGGGCCCAGCUCGUGCUUCGUCCGCUGGGCAGCCAUGAGCCUCAUCUCCCUCUUCCUCCCUUGCCUGUGCUGCUACCUGCCUACCCGUGGAUGCCUCCGUCUGUGCCAGCAGGGCUACGACAGCCUCCGGCGACCAGGCUGCCGCUGUAAGAGGCACACCAACACUGUGUGCAGAAAAAUCUCUUCUGGUAGUGCACCAUUCCCCAAGGCCCAGGAGAAGUCCGUAUGA